CAACACCCCCCUUUACGUUUACACGCGCAACAAAGACGCUGCUUCGCACCCGCGACGGAGUACUUUCGAGAUCACGGAGGCGAUGAAACACGGCCUGCUUGCAGGUUCCUCCUUCACUUCACGCAGCCUGUCACUCACGACCGCGCCUUUUCUCUGGUGGAGCUGGAGUUUGGUGAUACCCUUUUUUGACGGAAUACCCCCUUGUUCUCCAGUAUCUACUUGGAUUACAUUUUGUUUUGUUUGGUGGACUUUGUUGGAUUUGAGAUGGUGGGAGGUGCGAAAUCUCGAAACUCAUGAAUCGAGAAACAACCAGCACGCGCUGCGCAAUUGAGCGCAACAACGUUACUGGUCAGAUAGCGAGAAAAUGAAGAUGUUCGCAUUACAAUAUUGCC